CUAAAAAUCAUGUCUUCCCUCACCAUCCUCCUCCAGAGGGCGUGCCUCCGCUUCGCUCUGCUCCCAGUCCCGCCUCUGCGUGCUCCUCUUCGUCCUCCUCGCCGCCCUCUCGGCCUGCCUCGCCGGAGCGCCAUGUCCUCCUCCGCGGCGUCAAGGCUGUCCCACAUCGUCGCCGCCGCCGGUGGUGCGGCCGGGGAGUCCAGCGAGCCGCCGGCGGCGGCGGCUGCAGCGUCCGGUCUUGCCCAAGAGGACGAUGACCUUUCAUCAGCGAUGAUGGGCUACCGCCUUCCUCCAAAAGAAAUACAAGACAUCGUUGAUGCACCACCGCUACCCGUGCUAUCAUUCUCGCCAAGCAAGGACAAGAUUUUAUUCCUGAAGCGCCGAGCACUGCCACCAUUGUCGGAUCUCGCAAAGCCUGAAGAGAAACUUGCUGGUGUGAGAAUUGAUGGCUAUUCUAAUACUAGAAGCAGAAUGUCUUUCUACACUGGAAUAGGUAUCCAUAAGCUGAUGGAUGAUGGGACUUUGGGUCCAGAGAAAGUGGUCCAUGGAUAUCCUGAAGGCGCAAGGAUUAAUUUUGUCACCUGGUCACAAGACGGACGCCAUUUAUCAUUCAGCGUUAGAGUUGAUGAGGAGGACAACACAAGCGGCAAGCUACGUUUGUGGAUUGCAGAUGUGGAAUCUGGAGAAGCAAGACCACUUUUUAAAUCUCCUGAGAUAUACUUAAAUGCUAUUUUUGACAGCUUUGUAUGGGUUAACAAUUCUACUUUGCUUGUCUGCACUAUCCCUCUGUCACGUGGAGCUCCACCGCAGAAGCCCUCAGUUCCAUCUGGUCCGAAAAUUCAGUCCAAUGAGACAUCAAAUGUGGUCCAAGUGAGAACUUUCCAGGAUCUUUUGAAAGAUGAAUAUGAUGCCGAUCUGUUUGAUUAUUAUGCGACCUCGCAGCUUGUAUUGGCCUCUUUUGAUGGAACAGUAAAGCCAAUUGGCCCUCCUGCUGUAUAUACAUCUAUUGACCCAUCACCAGAUGACAAAUACUUAAUGAUUUCUUCUAUUCACCGUCCAUAUUCCUAUAUUGUACCUUGUGGAAGGUUUCCGAAGAAAGUUGAAUUAUGGACUGUAGAUGGAGAAUUCAUUAGGGAACUUUGUGAUUUGCCCCUUGCUGAGGACAUUCCAAUAGCAACAAGCAGUGUCCGCAAGGGAAAGCGUUCAAUCUACUGGAGGCCAGAUAAACCUGCGAUGCUGUACUGGGUGGAGACACAGGAUGGUGGAGAUGCAAAAGUAGAGGUGUCACCUCGUGACAUAGUUUACAUGGAAAAUGCUGAGCCUAUAAAUGGUGAACAACCAGAGAUUCUGCAUAAACUUGACCUCCGAUAUGCAGGGACCUCUUGGUGUGAUGAAUCUCUUGCAUUAGUGUAUGAAUCUUGGUACAAAACACGGAAAACAAGAACAUGGGUUAUCUCCCCAGAUAAAAAAGAUGUCAGUCCACGCAUCUUAUUCGAUAGAUCUUCUGAAGAUGUAUAUUCUGAUCCUGGCUCACCAAUGCUACGAAGAACUGCCAUGGGGACAUAUGUUAUUGCAAAAGUUAAGAAGCAAGAUGAAAAUACCUACAUCUUGCUGAAUGGGAUGGGUGCCACACCAGAAGGAAAUGUUCCGUUCCUUGAUUUGUUUGAUAUAAAUACUGGAAGUAAAGAGAGGAUAUGGCAAAGUGACAAGGAAAAGUACUAUGAAACUGUUGUUGCACUUAUGUCGGACAAAACUGAUGGGGAACUGCCACUUGAGAAGUUAAAGAUACUUACAUCAAAAGAAUCAAAAACAGAAAACACACAGUAUUACCUGCAAAUUUGGCCAGAAAAGAAGCAAGUUCAGAUCACAGAUUUUCCCCAUCCAUAUCCUCAGCUUGCUUCAUUGUAUAAGGAGAUGAUAAGAUACCAACGGAAGGAUGGGGUUCAACUAACAGCUACAUUGUACCUGCCCCCAGGCUAUGAUCCUUCACAGGAUGGACCUUUGCCAUGUUUAGUUUGGUCCUACCCUGGUGAGUUUAAAAGCAAGGAUGCUGCUGGACAAGUGCGUGGCUCACCUAAUGAGUUUCCAGGGAUUGGUGCUACAUCCCCACUGCUUUGGUUGGCUAGAGGGUUUGCUAUUUUAUCAGGUCCAACCAUCCCGAUUAUUGGAGAAGGCGAUGAAGAGGCCAAUGACAGGUACGUGGAGCAGCUAGUAACUAGUGCUGAGGCUGCAGCUGAGGAAGUUGUUAGGAGAGGGGUGGCUCACCCUGAUAAAAUUGCUGUUGGUGGUCAUUCAUAUGGUGCAUUCAUGACUGCAAACCUUUUAGCUCAUGCUCCUCACCUUUUCUGCUGUGGGAUUGCUCGUUCUGGAGCUUACAACAGGACACUGACACCAUUUGGGUUUCAGAAUGAGGACAGAACUCUAUGGGAGGCGACUAACACCUAUGUCGAGAUGAGCCCUUUCAUGUCGGCCAACAAGAUCAAGAAACCAAUUUUGCUUAUUCAUGGAGAGCAGGACAACAACUCUGGAACACUUACGAUGCAGUCAGACCGAUUCUUCAAUGCCUUGAAAGGCCAUGGCGCACUAUCUCGUUUGGUGAUACUCCCUUUUGAAAGCCAUGGGUAUUCUGCGAGGGAGAGCAUCAUGCAUGUUCUGUGGGAGACUGAUAGAUGGCUGCAGAAGUACUGCUUAAGCGGUAGUAGUAAAACCGAUUCAGAUUCAGUAGCUGACACCGAAAACAAGACAGUGUCCGCUAGUGGUGGUGGAGCACCAUGUGAAGGUCCUGAGGCCGAGGGGUUCUCAUCAAUGCAAAGAUCGCUUCUGUGAUGAAGUGGUUUCGGUUGGCUGUUUGUGAGCUCAUCAUUGGACAGUUUGUACAAGCCUGAAAGGAUCAUAAAUGCAGUUUUGUGCUUGAACCAGAACUGGUUCUUCUUGCUGCAAGUGGCAAGGAGUCACUACAUUAUGGAGUAUUCGAUUGGAUUUUUGCUGAAGGUUGCCAUUCCAGUGAUGGAAAGGCCUUAUUGAUGAUGGAUAUUGCACCCUGAUUGAUUUUACUCAAUUGUUUUCUGUUGGUAUAGAAACCAGUUAAAUCUAAAAAUAUUCUCACCUAAUAAUGGCUCUGUAGUCUGUCCAAGUAUAUAUAAACUAGUGCCUACUAGGACUAUAGACGAUGGAUCCACUUGUCUUGAACUUGUUAGUCAGCUUUAUGCUUGCAUCAGUAUGCAGUGUGCUAUUGUUUGACAGCAACAUAAUUAAUAAUGGAUCAUACCAUAUUGACAAACAA